GACACUGCAGUAGGCUAAUGUGUCUGAUGUGUGCCAUUUCAAUUUUUAUGAAACUUUAAUUUUCUUUUCUACAUUGCAAAUCAUAUACUUUUCCUGCUCUUUAUUUCAGGAAAAUAUGCCGCUCCUCAUUGUUUUAAAGUGAAGAAAUGGAAGAAAACAGUUGCGUAAUGCAUUAAAACAACUCAGUAAACAAAUUAUUAAUAAAGCAUUCUAUUCUAUUCAGUUUUAAUUUUGUAUCUGCUCGACCGGUUACUUAAGAACUGGCUCAAAAGAACGAUUUGUUCAAGAACUGAACAUCACUAGACGUGUGCUCUGAGCAGUGUUCAUUUAACACUUAGAAUUGCUAUUAAUAUGUUUAAAUGCUUAUACAGUAUGUUUCUCUGCAUGUCUGCAGAGUCUUUCACACAUUUAAUCACACUUAACGCCCUGCUCAUGGCUGGAACCGUUCAGAGAAAGAGGAAGCAGAAAUGUGAGAGGAGGAUGUACUUUUAACCAUAAUUUACAUUCAUACAUUGCAUCGAAGGUAUUUGUCAGUUCUUUCUUUCUCUGGACUGUGAUCUGAUCUGGUUUUUCUCUGAAUAUCAGUGAGACUGAAGUCAAUCCAGAAUGAGAGCUGCCGUCAUCACCAUCAUCAUCACUCUCUGUCUGAUCUCAGGUCAGGUCCUCUGUUUCAGUGUGUUUGGCUGCACUGGAGGGAGUGUGAUGUUCAACUGCACAUACAAGUCUAAUGAUCAGCAUAAAGGAAAGUAUUUCUGCAGAGACAGAGACUGUAGGACGGGCAUCAGUACUGAGACUCAGCGCAGCUGGGUUUAUAAAGGGAGAUUCUCUCUGUAUGACGAUGAAGACAGCAGAUUCUUCACAGUGUUCAUCAGGAACCUCAGCAGAGAGGAUGAUGGGGAAUAUACAUGUGGAAACAAUCAGACAUGGAGUCAUGAUGUUAAAUUAGUAGUGAACAAAACCUCUUCUUCUUGUGGGACGUCAGUUCUCCAGACUGCAUAUAAAGGACAAACAAUCACUUUCCACUGUGAAUAUAAUCAUAUGUUUCAAACACAAACCAAACUCUUGUACAGAGUGAACAGAGAUCCUGUGCUUGUGCUGAACAGCUCACAAUCAUCACAAUCAUCUGAGAAGAAGUUCAACCUGUCUGACAGUCACAAAGAUCAUUUUAAUGUGACCAUCAGAGACAUUUCUGCAGCAGAUGAUGGAGUUUAUCUGUGUGGAGUGGAGAUAUACGGAUCUUCACAAACGAUAACUCACAUCACCUUCAUUAAAGAGAUUCAUCUGAAUGUUUCUGGUCAGUUAACUUCUGUCCAGGUUCAGGCCUACAUCAGUAAAUCAGUCUUCAUCACGUGUAAAUUUCCAGAAGAAUUCAAAGGAAACAAGAAAUUCAUCCAAAAACAUUCAUCGCAGAAGAUCUCUGUUGAUGGACAGAAUCAGUGGGUUCUUCAUGAUAAAGUGCACAUGUAUGAUGAUAUCAGUGAAGGAGUUUUGAAGGUUUUUAUCAGUGAUUUAACUGAAGCUGAUGAAGGAACGUACAGAUGUGGAGUGAAUAUCACUGAUGAUCAUCUGUUCACUGAGAUCACGCUGAACAUCAGUCAAGUUGAUGACUUUAAUGCAUCAAGUAAGUCAGCUCUUAUUGGUGAAAGUGUGAACCUCACAUGUAAUUACCCUGAGAAACACCCGACCAUCAAACACAUCUGCAAAGAGAACAAGGAGAAGAUCUGUGAGAACAUCAGUUCAUCAGAGGAGAACCGCUUUGAGUUUUCUGAAAGCACAGGAGUUUAUACAGUGAGCAUCAGUAAUGUGAGCCUGAGAGAUGCUGGAGUUUACUGGUGUGGAGAAGAAACCAGAGACACACAUCUGACGUCUGUUUCUCUCACCAAUAAACACCAGCUGACUUUAUCCAACAAAACUGAGCUGAUCUUAUCCAGUAAACCUCCGCUGACUUCAUCCAAGCCUCCAGUGGUCAAACGUGAAGGAGAUUCAGUCCAGAUCAAAUGCUCUUAUGAUGAAAAAUAUUCAGCAGAAGUAAAGCAUCUGUGCAAAGGAAAGUGUUUGACUCCAGAUGAUCUGAAGAACAAUCAAUCAGAUGAAGAUCAUGAUAAAAACACAAAGAUUUCAGUAAAGAAUGACGCUGAACUCAGUCUCUUCACUGUGAACAUGACUGACCUGAGAGCAGAGGAUGCUGGGAAAUACUGGUGUUUAGUGAAAGACACGUUUAAUCUUUCCAUUGAGCUCAUGAUCGUCAUGAAGAAAGUCGUCACUCGUGAAGCAUCUGUCGGAGGAUCAGUGUCCAUCAGCUGUAAAUACUUCAGGAAUCAAACACUGAGGUUUUUCUGCAGAGGAGAUCAGCCCAAUAUCUGCUUCAUUGACGGAGUUCGUGUUUCAUCAAAUAACAGAAUAAACAGCAGAUUCUCUCUGACAGAAGAAACCUCUGCUGGAGUCUUUACUGUGAACAUCAGCGAUCUGAGAGCAGAGGAUUCUGGGAAAUACUGGUGUGCAGAGGAGAGUUCUGGGUCCUUCAUCUUCACUGAGGUUCAGCUACAUGUGACCACAGGUAAAAAGAGGCUUUCAUUUGUUGCCAAUACUGAGCACAGUUUCUUCUGUCAGAAGCAUGAAGUCUCUCAGUGA